CUUUUGUACUAAAAUUUCUCCCUAUUUGAUCAAAUUUUCAAUUUAUACAUCUUACGUUAAAAAUGAUUCAAAUGAUUUUAUUAAAAUUAUUUAUAAUAUUUCAUACAUGCUAUCGAACAUCUGGUAAUCUUAAAAAGGAUUUAGAUAUAGCAUGGGCUGAAUUUGAUAAACAUUUAAAAUGUGAUCACUUACAGUAUAUUGGUUACUAUAAAGGAAUGGAAGAUGAUAUGGACAUGCAUUCUAAAAUAAAAAGACAAUAUUUAUCUGCAAUAAAUAAUAUUAGAAAUUGGCAUGGUGUUGAACCUUUAAAACAAAAUAAUGAAUUGGAUGUUUUUGCACAGUCAUGUGCAAAUUAUAGAGCUAGAACAGGACAAUGUGAUAAAUUCAAUUCAGUUUUUGGAAUAUUGAUCACAUCUUCUAGAGUUUCUAAUGACGCAGGAAAAAAAGUACCUUAUGAAUUAUAUAGAAAUAUUGAUAAAGACGGUGAGCCUUUUGAUUUUGAAGCAAAUGAGGAUGAAAUGAUUAAAAAUGAUAAAAAAAAUUGGUUUGGACCUAUAACUACAAUGAUUUGGAAAAAUGCCAUUAACAUAGGAAUUGGUGUGGCAAAAAAAAAUGAAAUUAUAAUUGAUGGUGAAAAAGUAGAUGGAAAAUUUUAUGUUAUUGUAGCAGUAAUACAUCCUAUGCCAUGCAUAUUGGGAAAAUAUAAAGAAAAUAUAACACCUAGAAAUCUUGAAAUCAUGAUACAUGAUGGUUACUUCGAAUUUCUUCAGGAAACAAAAAAACGCGACCAAAAUGUAAUUAAAUACGAACUCGAGUCAUAUGUCCGAAAACUUAUGAGAUCUUCUUCAAAAAAAAAUCUCAUUAUCGAAAAGAAAGAAAACUAAAUGUUCAAUAGAUUAUUACUUGGUUUUUGAUGAUUAACAAAAACCAAUUAAUAUUAAUAUCUAAUUAUAACUACUUUAAUCUUUGUGAAAAAUUGUCCAUCACAUUAUUAUAAUUUAACGAUUAAAAUUAAAAUUUCUCAAUUUAUAUGUUAAUGAUUCUUUAAAAAAAAAAAAUUCUAAAAAGCUAAAAAUAAGACUCUGAAUAACUCUAAUAACUUAUUUGUAAUAUGCAUUCUUUUAACACGUGUAUGUUAUUUAAAUUCAUGCGUUCGAUUUGUGUUUUAUAGUUUUGUUAAAAAAUCACAAAUCGUAUUUACUUGAACACAUUGCCCUUAAAAAUUUUUUUAAUUUUUUUUUAUUAGAAAUAUACAAUCUGUACAAUGAGCACUAUAAGCAAAUACGAUAAGAGUAGAAAAAUUUACAUGAAUACAUUUUGAUGGAAGAAACUAUUCAUUAGUGACACUUCCCAUGAUUUUUUUUUUUUUUUUUUUUUUAAAUUUAUAUUUUAUAUUUCCAAUGACUUAAUUAUAUUAAUAUUAAUUGAUAUUAUUAAAAUGAAGAUCACGGCACCACUUACGUUUUAAACGUCUGGGUGGGUCUCCAGGUAUGGACAAGGUUGAGAGGUUUUUUAUUAGGAGAUUAUAGUGGGAGAGUAAUUUAAUGUGGAAUCUUUUAUAGUAGAAGAUGGCUUCUUCGUGGACUGUUUUUAAGUUAAGGUCGUUAUGGAGUGUAUAAUUAGAGAUAUAAGGAGGUGCAUUGAUUAGUUUCUUAAGACAAUAUUUUGAAAGCAUUGAAUUUUAUUGGUAUUGAUUUUUUAGCAUUGCCCCAUAACUGAAGUCCGUAAGUCUAUAUGGGCUUUAAAAGAGAUUUAUAAAUUAGAAGUUUAAUAUUAAUGUAUGUAAAUUUAUUGUUUAUGAUUAAUGUUUUAAGUAACCGCAGAAGGCUAUUUAAAGACGAGCGUUUAAUUUUAAUGUGCUGAGCCCACGUGAGCCGUUUAUCUAAUGUGAGACCAACAUACUUGACCGAGGAAGAGGAGGGAAUUUAUACUCUAUAUAGGGAGACACCAGGACAAGGGAGAAGUCUUAGAGUAAAGGUAGUAUAAACUGAUUUUGAUUGAUUAAUUUUAAAUCUCCAUUUUGUGUACCAGUCUUCCAUUAGGUAUAGAUGAUUCUGCAAGUUGUCGGAUGCAAUUUGAGUGUCAGAGUUACAAGACAAGAUAGUUUUGUCGUCAGCAUAAUCUGCAAUAAUGGUGUUAGGAGUUGUGGGUUGGUCUGAGGUAUAGAUAUUAAAAAGGAUUGGAGAUAGGCUACCUCUUUUGGAACUCCCGCAUUUAGAGAGGCUACAUCAGAUACUGAAGAACCAAGACGUAUUUGGAAAAAACGAUCUGUUAAAUAAGAUUUAAAAAACAGGUAGUAAGAGGGAUGCAAACAUUUUUUUAAUUUAUAUAGCAGCCAACGUGCCAACCCUUAAAAAUUGGACAAAUUUCUCUUGUCUCCAUUAAAUGUGGGACAUCCUCAAACAAAUGUUGAUUUUAAAACGUUUUUGUUGUUUUUUUUGUAAAAUUACUAUAACUCUUUUAAAAAAUUAACGAAAUCAAAACAAUUUUUUUUAUAUAAUUACCUUAGGUAUUUCCCUUUCGUUUUGUAUAAAUUAUUUGAAAAUCUAACCCUUUAACUGCCCAGAGAGAUGGAUUCAAAAUAGCAACAUUUGGACAAAAAUUUAUCUUUUUGAACUAAACUUUUGAAAAUGUUACGGGAUUACUCCGAGUAUUAAACAUAUGUUAAUAAAAGAUACAUAUACUUUUAUAUCUUUUAUGUACUAUUAGUUCAAAAAAAAAAUUGUUCUGGCGACUUAUAAUAUCUGUUGUAUUUAAUAUUCAUACUACUUUUGUGUUAAAAGUUUUGAUUUCAUAUUUUAUUUUUUCGACUUUAUAUUGUUAUAAAUUUUUGAAAAAUGUGUAGAUCAAGAUAAAAUUUAUUUUAUAAAUACUUUAUAUACAGGUUGGCCCACCACUCACUGACAACUUAAAUAACUUUUGAUCCAGUUAAUAUUUUUACUUGAUUUUUUUUUUAAAUAAUAGUUAUA